UUUAUCUAUAUUUUAAAAUAAAAAUAUGGAAUAUACAUUAGAAGAUGCUUUCGAAUUGUUAGUAGAGAGAAAGAAAGAACAGGAAAAAAAUAUUGAAGAUCUGAUAAAUAAACUAUCGAACAAUGAAGUCUUCACAAUAAAAUCAUCCAGUUCGUUGGAUGACAUGAGAAUCAGACAGAACAAGUUGCAUGACAGCUUGUGUAAGGAAAUUCGACAGGUGGAUCCUAAAGAUUAUCCAAUUUUGAGAACAUCUGACUUGCGUGCAGAAAUGUUAAUCGAGCUGGAGGCAGAGAUUUAUGACAUGCAAAAGCUCCUUGAUAAUCAGCAACAAAAGCUUUCUGAUAUCCAGGAGGACAUUGCAUAUUUGAGAAAUAAGAAAAAUGGACUGAAUAAAAUGCAGGAAGUUUAUUUGGAUAUUACAGAAACCUUUGUAAACAUAACUUACAAGAAGGAAUUCACCUUAGUGAAACAUUUAUUUUCCAAAAUAAAGGAUGAUUUGCAUACUGUGGUGGAUGUAAUUUUUCCGAACAAUGAUGAUUUCAAGAACUUAUUAGCGGCACUAACGAGAGCUUACAUGAAAGGGGGAGAUGAUGUUUAUAUAGAUGUCAUGCCUAACGUAUUAACUUACAUAAAUUUUCUACUAGAAGCCGAUAUAAUACAAUACCAUCCUAAUGAUAAGACUAGAAUUAGAAUGAUCGAGAUACUAUGAUAUCUGGUAAUCUAUCCUGGAUAUCUGAUAUUUUUAAUGUUUCUGUACCUAAUAAUUUUGUACAACAACUUCGUGCU